UUGAAUAACGAACGACGUUUGUCAGCGAAUUAUAUGUAUACAUUUUAUUGACAAAACAAAAAGAGGUUUAUGUCUUGUAAAGUGUCAUGGAUCGGCUGGAGAAGCCUCAAAUAAUUUGUCAUAUUGAAAAACCAGUAGAUUAUUCAUUAUUUGACGCAAAAUGGAUUCCAUGCAGUGCAAAGUUUGUGGUUAUGGGAUCUAAACCUCGUGGUUCCGGCAUAAUACAAAUCUAUGAAAUAUCUAGCGGGGAACUAAAGUUGAUUAAAGAUGUAGAACGCUCAAACCCCAUAAAAUGUGGUACUUUCAAAGCUUCCAGCUUACGAGAAAGAUAUUUAGCAACAGGUGAUUUCAAAGGAAAAUUAAAUAUUUAUAAUUUAGAAGAUCCAUCUAUCCCUGUAUAUUCAGCCAAUGCUCAUAGUGAGAUCAUAAAUGCUAUUGAUGGAGUUGCUGGUCAAUCUAUCGGUUGUGGAGCACCAGAAAUUGUUACUGGAUCUAGAGAUGGAAGUGUCAAAGUCUGGGAUCCAAGACAAAAAGGCCGUCCUGUAGCUGUGAUGGAACCAAAAGAAGGUGAAAGUCGUCGAGAUUGUUGGACAGUUGCAUUUGGUAAUUCGUAUAAUUCUGAAGAACGUGUUGUUGCUGCUGGUUAUGAUAAUGGUGAUGUUAAGAUGUUUGAUCUCAAGGCAAUGUCGUUAAGAUGGGAAAGUAAUUUAAAGAAUGGUGUCUGCAGCUUAGAAUUUGAUAGGCAGGAUAUUUCAAUGAAUAAGCUUGUUGCUACAACUUUGGAGUCAAAAAUUUAUUUAUUUGAUUUGAGAACCCAACAUCCAAAAAAAGGAUUUGCUUAUCUUACAGAAAAGGCUCAUAAAUCCACGGUUUGGCUUGUUAGACAUUUACCUCAGAACCGUGAAAUUUUUAUGACAUGUGGUGGAGGUGGAACUUUGUAUUUAUGGAAAUAUAAUUAUCCUGAGAAACGAAGACAAACAGAUGCAGAUGGAAUGGAAAAAGGUGUAGUAGGAAAUGUUGAUUUACUUCAAAAUUGCAUUAUGUCAUCUCAGCCAGUUAGCUCUCUAGAUUGGUCUCCAGAUAAACAAGGUCUCGCUGUUUGUACUGCUUUUGAUCAGACUUUAAGAGUAUUAAUUACUACAAAACUUAAUCUUUAUUAAGAUUUUGUUUUCUGUAAAUUGUUAGAAGAGGUUCUUUUCAAAAGGUCUUCUAAAUGGGUUAGAUAAAAUAUUGCUUCAUAUUUCUGAACCUUCAAUAAAAGUUAAACUUACGUCAUGUGAUAAAUGUAAUAAAUAAUUUUAAGUUUUGUAAAAUAAAUCAAAAUGGUUUUAAACCAGUAAAAUGAUGAACAUCAGUCAG